GACGUUAACACAUAUCUUACAUCACAAUUACGCGAGGACCAUUUGAGUGGCGAUGAGGAGGACGCCGAGGACAAUGUAGGCGACGAAACUAAGAUGGAUAACAAAGAAACCGAUGAUUCAACCCAAAAAUAA